UCGGACGUCGAGUGAAUUUUGUUCUUCAAAUAAAUCUCUGAAGAAACACUCGACUAGUUUCGAUUGGAGUUUGUGUAUGAAAGACCUCUAUCUACAUGUGAUAAGGCCUUUGUGGGUUUUCAAAUCGCAACAAGAAAACUUGGAAUAAGACCAGAAACCUUUCACUUGCGUUCACAAGGCCACCCGCAAACAGCCAUCGUUACAAUAACGAGGCGCUGUGCCUUGUGAAGGAAAAGUUGCUUACUUUCAGUUCUGAGCGACUUUCCGCACCCAACACUCUCAGCUCAUGUUUAAGCUUUCAACCAUCAUCUCACAUCAAGGGCCUUAGAGAUAUGGCAAGCCUGUCGCAACCUGGCCAUGGGCCAGUUCAGACGAGUGCAGUCGUUGUGCUUGGUGCCUCUUCAUGCCUUGCAAUACCUCCUCCCUCUCCUCCUACACCAUCCUCAUCACCACCCGGGGACACCUUCUGUGAACCCAUCGACCCACUGAGUUUAGAACGAGAAAUAAGAGGAGACUCUCCAAUCAAGGAUCAGCGUCUGCGAGAAGGCAUACAUGUGCUCAAUACAGAGGCAUUGGCCUUGAGAAAUCUUUCGCGGCUGUAUGAGACAGAUCCUGUAGCCCGCGAUGGCUUCAACUUGUCGGUCCAGGCUAUUACCAAGCAGCAACGGGCGAAUGGCAAACUCGUUGUUAUCGGCGUAGGCAAAUCAGGACACAUUGGACAGAAACUCGUGGCUACAUUCAAAAGUCUCGCCAUUCACGCCGUCUUUCUUCAUCCAACUGAAGCCUUGCACGGUGACCUUGGUAUCAUAGGGCCUAGCGAUACUCUGUUGUUUAUCACGUAUUCGGGCAAGACUCAGGAGCUGCUCAUCAUGCUACCUCACAUCGAUGAGUCACUCCCGACUAUACUUCUCACAUCGCACACUUCUCCGGAAACAUGCGAGUUCAUCAAUCACCGGCCUAAUACCAUCCUGCUCCCGGCCCCGAUUCCAGAACCUGAGAAGAUCUCAUUUGGCGUUUCUGCUCCCACCACAUCGACGACAGUGGCGUUGGCUGUUGGUGAUGCAAUUGCGGUUACAGCAGCCAAGGAGAUCAAUGCCAGCAUUGCGGCUGUCUUUGCAAAGAAUCACCCUGGUGGUGCUAUCGGUGCCGCAGCUCGACAACCUCGGACCAUUAAAGAUAUAGCAGUCAGUUGGUACGAUAUACCGGUAGCACCAGAGUCAGAGGGGGGGAGCCUGGGGUUUGACCUGCUGCGUGCUGGCCUCGAUUCGGUCACUGGUUGGGUCAGAGUGCAAGAUCGAGUUGCCUCACCAGGUACAAUACGAAAGAUCAGCAGAGAUGACCUGAACAAGAGUUUGGAAGAGCUUCCAGAUGCCUUAAUGUCCAAGGCUUUGAUGCUUUCGCUAUCCUCAGAUACUACUAUCCGUCAGGCACGGGAUAUCUUGAGGAACAUGCAACUGUCACCGAAUGACGAAAAUCUGGCAUGUAAGCGAGAAUCUGCCAUAGCAGUGAUGGAAAAGGGAGAGAUAGCGGGGGUUCUUGAAGUUGGUAGUCUCUUGGAUUUUGAGGGAUGAUGCAUCUAAGAACAUGCAUGGACGAUAUUUCUGGCCCCUUACAAUCGGGGCUACACUUAUGACUGGCAAGCUAGAUACCGACGCAUUAUGGCAGCGCAUUGGCGAUUAUGACUAGGAGUUAUCAUAGAUGACUGAACAACGCAUCUUAUGGGGAAAUUGGCGUUUUAUAGACAAGUUUGCACAUGCACACAAACAACGGGUUUACGAAAUGCAUAUUCAUGUUUUGCUAUGAAA